AUGUCCGAUCAGCCUGCCCCCGACGGCUCGGAGGACGUCAACGAUUUUCUGCAGCGCAUCAAGGAAAUGGGCGACAGGAGAGACCAGGAGGACGAAGAGCGCACUAGGAAGCUGGAAGAAGAGAUUCUGCAGGGCCGAGCAGAGCGACAGGCACGACGGGCUGAACGCGCCAGAUCUAUUUCUCCUACGAAAUCCUCUCCUGCCAACACGCCCGUAGCUUCUCGAGCCUCGGUAGUGUCCAUAAGUGCUCUGUCCCAAACCCAAUCCCGACCCCAAUCCCCGAAAAUCGAGGCGAAAAUUGAUUCGGAGCCCCUACGCGAGAUGGAGAUGGGAGUCGACGACGCGAUGGAUCGGUUGGUUGACUCGACAUCCCCCGCCAAAGAAAAUAAGUCUCCCUUGGAUGCCUUUCCCGAGCCCGAAUUCAAGCGAAACGCCCCCGUAAUAACUUCGCCCUCGAGUGCCAUGCCCUCGCGAAAUUCAGAUUCGCCCCUAACUUGGCAACGACGGCCAAAUUCACAAUCUCCUGAUCGCGUGCAAAGCCGCCCGCUAUCAAUGGUCGCGACAGAAAACGCCGCACGAUCUCCUCGAGCUACGCCUGCACCCGAGAUAUCCCCAACGGCAGACGCAGCGCCUUCGAGAGAGCAAUUUGCACAAUCCCUUGCCUCGAAAGACCCCGGUUGGUUUCGCCAAACCGCAGAUCGGGGACUCAGUUCACCAGCAUACAGACGGAAUCAGGUGGAAGACGAGGAAAGGUCGGAUCACGGAUCGAACUCCUCGCGGGUACAGAUGCCUGGCAUGUCACGACCUUCUGAGCCAGACAAGGAGUUAGAGGAGCCGGUGGAGAGAUCAUUAUCGCCUUCUAGGAGCAGCAUAUCGUAUGGCAGUGGUUCAAGAGCCUCGUACCAAGCAAGCCCCAAGCUUCCUUCAGGUAUGGGGUCCCCGAUGCCACUGACUUCAGCUCAGAGACUGGAUCCGCCAGGCGACUCCAAAUCUGACGCGCGUGGUUUCGCAAUGUCACCAACACAAGGCCGAAUUUCCCCGGACAGACUCGAUCGGUCGCCAUCUCCUACGAAGGGCAUGGGAGGAUUUGUACAAAGUGCUAUGAUGAAGAGAUCGGACAGUGUGAACAAGAGAUGGAGCGUUCAGUCACCUUCGGGGCUCACCAGAGGCAAUUCAAUGGCCAGUAAUCGCAGCAGUGUUGAUCCCACCACUGGCUCCUCUCUAGGUAACAUUGUCAAUGCAACGGCACGAGAGUCCAAAUCUAGCAGUCGGAGCCGAGAACCAUCUCCACCCCCCAAGUCUAGGCCAUCUUCAAGCCACAGCAACGCUACACUCACCCAGGACCGCCCGGGCACGUCGAGUUCGACGAGGAGCAGUAUGACAACAUCUACGAACAAAGAUAGCUUUGCUAAACCUACAAUCCUAGCAUCUCGAACACAAACUCCUCUCGGAGUCCGAGCAAGCCAGAAUGUCGACGCAGAAACACCUACUAGACGAGAUGUGACCCCGCCUUCAAGCCCAACGAAAAUCAUGGAGCAGAGGAGAUGGAGCCCUACGAAGUCGAGUUGGCUUGAGAGUGCGCUGAAGAAGCCUGAUUCUCCCAAGCCUAAAGCUGCGCCACCAUCUCAACAACCUUCUUGGAUGACAGAGCUCAACAAGGCUAAGCACAAGGGCAGCGUUGAUCAAGGUCGCAGCCCCUCAACUGGUCCUCCGAAGCAUGAAGUCAGUAUUGGCGGAUUGAUGAGAUCUCCAACCCCUGGAAAUGCAACCAAAUCACUGCUUACUGGCGGCCCUUCUAAGGGACUUUCUUCCGGUGCGGUAUCGGAUACCAAACCUGGCACCACUUCGCCGGAAACCAAAGACUCUCCGAAGACUAACUACUCGCUCGACACUGCAUCAAGAUCAUCGCCUGCAACUGGUAAGGCCAAGCCUGAGACACCUCCAAAGAAGGAUUUUCGAGCGAGUCUCAAGUCUCGUCCUGAGCCAAUCGAUAACGGUGGGCCGACCGAGCCUGAGUUCAAGAACGUGUUUGGUCAGCUUCGACCUACAAAGACUCAGAACUUUGUCGCGCCUGACGAGUUCAAGGACAAUAUCACUCGUGGCAAGGCUGCCUUAACUUUGACUGGUGGGCCCAAGAAGACUGAGCGUGUUGACGAGUUUAAGGAUGCUAUUUUGAAGAAGAAGGAGGACUUCAAGAAAGCACAGGUUGAAGGAAAGGGGGUCACAAGAUCCACAAGCGGUGGGAGUCAAGAAGCUCCUAUACCAGAGGCUCUAGCGAAGCGUAAGGCUUUAGGCAGAUCUGACUCUAUUGUUUCUGAAGCGGCAUCCAUUGGCCCAGAUUCCCCUUCUAGGACGCGAGCAGCUCCUGAAUCACCAAAGCCGAGUUUCGUGAAGGAAGCAAGUGCGCCAGGCCAGCUCCAAUCUAAGGAUACACCCGCUGGUAAGCUUGCUGGUCGAUUGAAUCCUGGUCUUGCGGGAUUGUUAGCACGAGGGCCACCCGCCGUGGCUAGUGGAGGUUCUCGAUCGUCUAGUCCGGCACUGUCCCAACGCAUAGCUUCUACUCCAGAGCCCGGUCCACAGCUCACUCACAUGACAAAGGGGCGUGCUCGCGGCCCUCGAAGAAAGGCCCCGACGACAGCGCUUGAAUCUGUCGUCCCCAAAACAGAAUCCCAAAAUUCAGUGGAAAAGCCAGUGGUUGCCGAGCAGGAAAUGCCCAAGAAGCCGCCACCACUUGAGGUCGAUACAACGCCGCAGAUUUUGGAGCGAGUUCACUCUCCGGUGAAGACCUCUGGCCAUACUAAAUCCCCGAGUAAAGUUCUGGAUCGCUUUCCCCAAUUCUCAGCUAAGGCCGAUGAGACUCAAGUAGCACAGCAAUCGCCUGUGCGUGUCCGGUCCCCUAGCAAAGUUCUGGACCGCUUUCCGCUAUCUCCAGCAAAGGUCGAAAGUCCCAUAUCAGCAUCACCCCGGCACGUUCGGUCACCGAGCAAGGUGCUCGAUCGUUUCCCACAAUCUCCAACAAAGGCCGAAGAGAACCAUGUAUCACAACCGUCAUCACCCCGCAAGAUUGACAUGAAGAGGCGAUCACAAUUUCUUCAAGAUGUCGCAAACAAGGAUAGCACGCCAGAUUUGCAGUUGGACCCCCCCAAGCCGCCGUCACCGAAGAAAGCUAAUCUCCCCGAGAUUCCUGUGAAGCCCGAAGAACCGAAGCCUAAAGAACCGGAACCUGAAAUAAAGCAAGCACCAUUUCUAAAACCUAAACCGAACACUCCUGUUAAAUCGCCCUCAUUAUCAAACCGUUCCGAGCCAUCACCCAUCUCAACUCCUACCGAAUCACCGGAGACUGCCAAGCUAAGACAUUUGCCAUUGUCACCAAGUAAACCCACGCCAGUUGAACAAACCCAACAAGCUUCGCCUCCGAGUCAGCUAGAGUUUUCGGCUUCUCAACCACUUCCUGCUGUUGAAAACAUCAGUCGCGAGCCUGUUGUGUCAGUUAAAAAUGCCACUUCGCUCUGGGAUCGCCCGUCUGCAACUUCCGUUGAAACACCCCCUCGUGCCCGAUCCCCUAUCAAGCUUCCGACUCACGAAGAUGAGAAGGCUGCAAUGGUCAGUGCUGGUUUGCGCUCUCCCAGUCCAGUGAAGGAGACGGAAUCAGACGGACUCGGGCUUGAGAUCAAAACUUUGGCGCCCAAAGCUCGUCCACUUCCGACGCCGCCUACCAAAAGUGCACUAUCUCCACCAAUCAGUGAUGCACCUAGAUCACCCGGCUUGUCAUCAAAAAAGUCGCUUGACCUUUCAGUGCCACAAGCUUCUGAGGCUUCUCAAUUACUUGGUGAAUUCUUCGGGGGAGACAGACCAUCAGCCAAGUUCACCGCCGACACUGUGACUAUCCUGUCCUCGCGCCCCGACUGUGGCGACAGCGUCAAGACCUUGCGGUCUGCUCUCUACCAAUUCUCGAAUGAUGGCAAGAAGCAGGAAGUUUCUAAUCACCAAGAGAGAAUUCUAUUCGAAGGAAACCUUUAUCUCUGUACUCAUAGUUUCAGCAACGCUUCAGGGAAAACCGUCACAGAGGCAUAUUAUUGGGUAGGAGAUGAUGUCCCACACGCGAUGGCCGAUAAUAUGGAGAUAUUUGCUCAAAGAGAGGCAAAGAGUGCGGGGGGAAAGCUGAUCAGGAUUAAGCAAGGCAGAGAGCCUCCAGAGUUCUUCCAUGCGUUGGAUGGAAUUAUCAUCAUUAGGAGAGGGUCUUCGAACAAGUACGACUCGCUUGCACCUCACAUCCUUUGCGGCAGAAAGCAUUUCGGUCAAAUCGCCUUUGAUGAGGUUGAUUUUUCCCCUGCCAGCUUGUGCUCAGGGUUCCCUUACCUCAUCUCUGCGAAUUCUGGCAAGGCCUACUUGUGGAAGGGCAAGGGUAGCGGGGUUGACGAACUUAGUUGUGCUAGACUUAUCGGCAUGAACUUCGGUCUUACGGGCGAAAUUGAAGAGGUCGAAGAUGGGAGUGAGCCUGCAACCUUCCUGCAGAUCUUCGGUAGUGGCAUCACAAUUCCCAAGUCGGCGGACCAUUGGAGAAUGAAGCCAAAUUACAACAAGUACUGUGGCCGGCUGUUUGUCGCGGACUCAACAGCUAGAGAACAGAUUGUUGAACUUAGUCCAUUCUGCCAGACUGACCUCAACGCCUCGAAGAUCUACGUCUUAGAUGCCUUCUUCGAGAUUUACGUUAUCGUCGGCUCCAAAUCCCAGUCCCAGUACUCGGCCUUCCAGAACGCCCUCAUGUUCGCCCAGGAAUACGGUAUCCUUGCCGCAGGAAUGGAGGACCGUCCGUUUGUGCCUGUUACGACGGUUGUGCUGGAAGGUGUACCUAAGGAUAUGAAGAGUGUGUUCCGGAAGUGGGUGGAGGGUCUGUCGAUUACGUUACAUAGCCCGCCUGCGGAUGGUCUAAAACGGGGGAGGAGUUUGAGGGUUGUGCCUUUAACAGCUGCGUUGGAGGCUACGUGCAACUGA